UCAAAUCCAGCGUGGGCUCUUUUUUUUUUUUGCAUUCCUCUACUUCUACUUGGAAUCACACUCUCUCUCUCAGUGCCCACCUCUCAGAGUCCUCCCUCUCACCCUCUUUCUUCUUCUGCAUCUCCCUCUCUCUCUUCUUCACAGAACCUCUUGGAAUCUGUGUUUAACUCCGUACCUACCUGGGGGGGGUUUGCUGAUACAGAGGGACCACAGACAGGUGAACAGAAGCAGCAACAGCAUGCGGGUGGACCACUUCUUGGUGGUGAUGUGUGCACUGGGACUUGGCCCUGCAGCAUGGGGGGCACCCAGCCAGUGCCCGAGCCAGUGCCACUGCCAUGGAGACCUGCAGCACGUCAUCUGUGAGAAUGUGGGGCUGACCAAGACCCCGCGUGUGUCAGCAGCCACGCGGCUCCUCAACCUACAGCACAACAGUCUGGGUGUCCUGCCCACUGGCACCUUCUCUGAUGCCAAAGGCCUGGUCUCCUUGCACAUGCAACACUGCCAGCUGCGUGAGAUUGCUGGCCAGGCUUUCAAGGGCCUCAAGAAGCUCAUCUACCUCUACUUGUCCAACAAUGAGAUCAGCAUCAUCAAACCAGGGGCCUUCGAGGACCUGACAGAGCUCACCUACCUCUACCUAGAUGGCAACCACAUCAGUGACCUAUCCAACGGCAUCUUUUCACCCAUGAUCAACCUCUUUAUCCUUCAGCUCAAUGAUAAUCGGGUCCAGGAGUUACGUGCAGGCACAUUCACUGGUGCCAAAGACCUACGCUGGCUGCACCUGAGUGGCAACGACAUGACCUCACUGCAGCCUGGCUCACUGGAUGAUGUGGAGAACCUAGCCAUCCUGCAUCUGGACCGCAACAAGCUGGCCACCUAUCCCAGUGCAGCCAUGAGCAAACUGCGUGUGGUGGAAGAACUCAAGUUCUCCAAGAACCCCAUGAAGACUAUCCCGGACAACGCUUUCCAGAGCUUUGGUCGCUACAUGGAGAAGCUAUUUUUGGAUAACAUGGGCUUAGAGAAGUUUUCAGAAGGUGCCUUCACUGGAGUAACAGCCCUCAAGUCGCUGCACCUGGAAAACAACAAGCUAAGGACCCUCCCACGGAGCCUGGAGUUCAGCACCAUCCAGAACAUCACACUAGCCAAUAACCCCUGGAGCUGCACUUGCCAGCUAACUCCACUACGCAAGUGGAUGGACACCAGCCGGCAGCGCCCAGAUGCCACAUGCGUUUCGCCUUCCCAUCAGAGGGGCAAACAGGUGCGGGACAGCCCCGCCUUCAGCAGCUGCCGGGUGAAGACGAGACAGGCCAAGAAGGGGGGGCGCCAUUGAGCAAGGAACUUGGGGGAGGACGUGUCUGAGUGACCGGCGACGAGCACAGAGGAGGGAUGCUACCGCUAACCGCUACACCCAGCUGUAUGGCCCCUUCAUUCUCAUCUCGACACAACAUACAAAUCCUGGCUGGUAGAAGGACACAGAGCAGAACGUCAUCACACUCACGCGCACACAGCACAUCAUCACACUCACGCGCACGCAGCACAUCAUCACACUCACGCGCACACAGCACAGAACAUCAUCACAUUCAUGCGCACACAGCACAUCACCACACUCACGCGCACGCAGCACAGCACAUCAUCACACUCACGCGCACGCAGCACAGCACAUCGUUACACUCACGCGCACACAGCACAGAACAUCAUCACAUUCAUGCGCACACCUGCCUUUCUGUCGGGGGGUCCUAACCCCACGACAAAAAUAUCGUUCUUGAAAGAGCAAAUUUGUAUCAAAGAUGAUAAUUUUGUUUUGCGGGAAAUCCGGAAAAUCGUGGGGGAUCUCGCUCUGUAAAAUUCGCUGACUCGGGGAAGAGGACCCCCUCCCGUAAUGGGCAAGGAUUGUCCCUCUGCUACGGUCACGCAUACACACUUACUCGAAAUACUCAUGAAUAUAUUUUUAUAUGCACGGGUUUUACGCAUACAUGCUUAAGCGCGCUGAACAGCACAGGUAUCUCACAUCUUUACAGCUAAACAUAACCCUCUGCACCUAAUCUCUUUAAAAUUAGGGCAUUUUUUUCAUGGACUUCUGAAAUGCCGAAACUUCCCAGCUGGUAACUACCUUCACCUCUCAGGACGUCCGUCAUCGCCGCCCUGAGGUUAACGGUUAUAUUACACUCUAAAUGGACCGUUGAAAUUAAAGUAAUGCCCCACAAAGCUGAAGCGUAACCCGACAAAACCAAGAGUCUCGGCGGACCCUACGCAGGAACUCCCCGGGCACGCGGAUGCGCGCGGACAGCGGAAGCGUCGGCGCGCCCAUACCCGCGCGGAGACGCGGAAAAUAAUCAGGCACCUAAAGCGCUAAUUGGAAAAAUACCACCCGUAAUAGAAGUAUCUGUAACAUUCAAAGCGAGAUUGCGCCGCUUUCAUACACAAAACUUUUUCAAAAAACAAACUCGAGAAGUUUCAAUAUGUUUUCCAUUUAUCCUGCUUUGGCAAUGCUUGUAUCAUUUCAUCCGUGAAAAAAAUUCCAUGGUUUCACGGCGUAAUGACACCAACAUUUCAACUAAUAUAAAUAAAUACAAAGCAAUAAAGAAAAGAGAGCGCGAUUUACCUUCCAAAUCACUGCAUGGGACAUUAGCAUGCAAACAUUUCCAGACUCUGGGAGCAAGGUUGACGAUUUAAAGUAUCGAUUUGUACGCAUCUUUUGUGUAUAUUGAACACUAUCCUCUUAAGAGGGGGACUUUCUUUUCCAAUAAAUGCCUAAUCAGUAAAUAA